UAGUAGCUCUUGGUUAUUUCGUCCACAAAAAUAGAGAUCCCAAAUGAAUCACAACAAGAAGAAGCCAAGGAUUCGGAAUCGUCCAAGGAAUAAGUGUAACCACAAGGUGGAGGAUGGAGUUCCAGAAGAAACUCCAGGGGGAAUCCCUUCAGCAAGUGAUCUCUCUAACCCGAAAAGUACUCACUCUACAAGUCAGUUAGAAACUCCAUCCAAGAGUGUUCCCUCUUCGUUGAAAACUUCACCAAAAAGUGAUCAAUCCCAAGUAGAUACCUCCAAGGAAAACGAAACCAUUCGAUUUAUACAACAAUUGUUGCGUAGAAAAUUGUUGGCCAAAAAGAAUGAAAAUUCAGUUAAUGAAACAGAAAACUUGGUGAAAAACAAUCAACCUACAAUAGUAAAACUAACCAAGGAAAUCAAAAGUGAGGAGAAGAAAUCGAAGAAGAAUUCUCCAGAGCCCAUUAAGAAAACACAAACCACAACCACAGCAGCCGGCAGCAAAUCAUCAAGAGAAGUGAAAGCGGAUGAAGUGGAUGAGUUACUCAAGUGCUUGGGCAGCAAAUUGCAAAAGGGAUCGGGAGAAUCUCCGGCAGCGGCACUGUUUAGCAAUCUUGGAAAGCUUUUUAGCCAGGCGCCGCCCAGCGAUGUGGAGUCCUCAGAUGAUGAGGCCGAGUACAUUGAGUACAUCUACAAGCCCAGGCAAUAUUUUAUGGCCUCGUUAUGUAAUUUCUGCAAAGCGGAUCUGUGCGGUCAGAAUCGAAUGCCCUGUUCCCGCUGCGGUCUGAGCUACUACUGCAGUGGUGAUCACAUGAAGGAAGACCAGGAGCAUCGUCAGCUCUGCUAUGCCUUGCGCCAAACUGUGGACCAUAAGGGUCACGAGAUGUUCUACAAGUGCGGCGACUUCAGUGCCGAGCAGUUUCGCUCCUACCGGAUCGUGUGCAUCCGGCAGGUGGAGAAGGAGAUGAAUCGUCCACUUUCGGCCACGGAACAGGAAUUGCUGCUCUUUCCUCUGAUCUGCAGUGAGUCCAAGUGCCGGGAGCAUCGUCUGAAGCGUCUGUCCAUCUGCGGUGGAUGCGGCGAGGUGGCUUUCUGCAAGGAUAAACCAGAGCAUCUUAGCAAGGAGCACACCAAGUGGUGUGGCUCUUAUCGCCUCUUCAAGGCCUUUGUCAUGUUUCAGGCGAAGUUUGGGAGGCUGGAGCCAUCGCUGCCGAAUAAGGUGCUAAAGGAACUGCCCAUGGCCUGCUGUAACACCAGGCAAAUAAUGAAGAAGCUGAAUUUUAAUGUUACCAAUGAGUGUGAGUAUGCGGCUCUUACUCAGGUUUCCACAGGACCCUUGACUGCCUGGUUUGCCUUGAAGCUCUGCGAGCGUCUGAGGAACUGCGAGGAGCUAACUCUACAUUUAAUUGGCGCUGAGAUUGAAUUCGAGGUGGAUGUCCUGCAGAAGUGGGAGCUCUUCCUGCUCCACAUAAUGCCAACGGUGAAAACACUGAAUGUGGUCUUCAUAGGACCUGAACUCAAUCCCAAUAACAUUUCCUUUGAGCAGCUAAAGAAGAUCAAAUGUUGUGUCUCGUGCCGAAAGGCCAACAGGACGGUUAAUUAUCACUUUGAGAAUCGUUUGUAUCACGAUUACUGCAAGCAGUCGCAGUUUCUGUCACCAAAUUUAAUUUGCUUUUUCAACUCGGGUCUUUAUCGAUCCACUGGUUUCGCCCUCGAGGAUACUUGGCCAGAUACUAUUCAGGCAGCAUUAAAUAUCAAAUGUCCGGUGGUGGUCACAUCCUAUACGAAAUAUGAGGCGCCCUUGGAUCUGGUGCAUUUUGUUAAUCAAUCGAAUCGCCACAUUAAUGUUGUCCUGCCACCCACAACAAAUCCAUUUUCAUCGGAGAAACCAGAACGCAAUUUUAUAUCGGACAACGAAGCACCAUUUAUGUUCAAGAAUUUUUAUUGUUUUGUUGUUGAGUAAGUUUAUUUCUGUUUAUUUCUGGAUUCAUUAAUAUUAAAGAAUACUUUAUAUUCUUUAUAUAAAACAAAGAAUGUAAACCAACUUCGGGAAACCGAAGUUAAUAAUAUUUUUCA